UGUUGUUUUCUAGUGGCUGCUAGUGUUUAUAAAAGGCAUGUCUUUUUGAGGAGUCAACAACAACAACAACAAGGCUAGUUUGCCGACUUGUGUUUCGGGACCAGGAGAGUAGACUAUCAGUUCCAUCUCUAAUGGCUAUGAUCCGGCAUUCCUUCGUCAAGGAUGUUAAUCAGGUGCUAUUUGAAGGAAAUUCAUACGUGAAGAAGAUCAUAUUGAACAGACCACAGAAAUUAAACUGCAUCAACCAUCACAUGAUCUCUGAAAUGACAAAGAAGUUGAAAGCCUACGAGAUUGAUCCUGAAGUCAAAGUUGUGGUGCUGAAGGGAAAUGGAAAGGCGUUUUGUGCAGGUGGUGAUGUUGUGGCAUCAUAUAUUUCUAUGGUCGCAGGGCAUUGGAGUCAUGGGGGCCAUACCUACAAGAAAAAUCUCAUUCUGUACUUUGUAGUUGCCACAUAUGGAAAGCCCGUGGUUGCACUCAUCGAUGGAAUCGUGAUGGGGGCUGGUGCUGGGCUAUCUAUGAAUGGAGCGUUCAAGAUUGUCACUGAAAAUACAGUGUUUGCUAUGCCAGAAACAAUAAUAGGACAUUUCGUUGAUGUCGGGGCAUCGCAUUUCCUUUCCAGGCUCCCUGGGUUUUUUGGUGAAUAUUUGGGACUUCCAGGAACUAGGAUAAGAGGGGAAGAUAUGGUUGCAUGUGGCCUUGCAACUCAUUUCGUCCUCUCAAAGGAUCUCCAUUUAGUGGAAAGUGCUCUAGAUGAAGUAACUUCUUCAGACACCAACAAAAUUUCUGAGAUCAUCAGCAAAUUUGAGCACAAACCAAAUGUGAAACAAGAUGGCGUUUUUAGCAGAUUGGAGAUCAUUAACAAAUGCUUCUCAAGAAAAACAGUUGAAGAAAUACUAUCAUCACUGGAGAUUGAGGCAGGAAAUAGAGCAGACAAGUGGGUUCUAGAGGCAAUAAAAUCCAUGAAAGCAGCCAGUCCGAUAAGCCUGAAAAUUUCCCUUAAAUCGAUCAGAGAAGGCCGCGUGCAAGAACUUGAUCAAUGCCUCGCCCGUGAAUAUAACAUUUUUUGUCACAUUAUGAGAAGAACAGUGAGCAUUGAUUUUUUUGAGGGAGUAAGAGCCAUGUUACUGGAUAAAGACGAAAAUCCCAAGUGGGAGCCUGCAAGAUUAGAGUUAGUGAGUGAUGAAAUGGUGGGCCAAUGUUUCUCCAGUGUCGGUGAAGAUGACUGGGAAUCCCUUCAACUUCCUGCUAGAUCCAGCUCAGUUGAUAUUAUGAGGCCAAAAAUUUGAAACUAGGAAAAUAAAAAUAAUAUCCAUCAGUACUUCACCAUCCUUCUAUGCCAGUCCUAGCUUAUGUAUCUUUAAUUCCAGGACAGGAAAUGUCUGCUCAAAAUCUGUAGAAUAUAUUACAGAAAAGAUGUUAAAGUUAACAUCUAGAAAUAAUUAAAUAAUUGAAUCUCUCAUGGUUACAAUA